CCACUCUAGUUCCGGUGUCAAUUGGCCUUCUUUCCCCAGUCCUUUCUGAGUACCCAGACUGGAGAGAAGCCGUGAGUGAGAGACUGGGGAAGGAGGCACACCGGUAGGCGGAAGAAACCAGGACGGUGAGGGUCCAGGUUCUAGCUUGCUCCCUCCUGUAUCAGUUGGAGGAGAAAAGUUUGUGAAUUGGGCCCCCAAGUUUUGGGGGACCCGGGCUUGCGGCGUGGGGUGACAGAGGAAGCUCUUUAGAGCUUCCCCCAUGGAGCCCACCCAGCCUGCAGAGGACCUCAGUGUGACCCAGCAGCUCCCCAUCCCAGAAUUUGGGGACCCUGAAGACCCUGGGGAUGAGGCCCCCGAUGGCUCAGAUACUGUGGUGCUCAGUCUUUUCCCCUGCACCCUGGAGCCUGGGAAUCCUGAACCGGAUGCUGGUGCCUCCUCACCUCAGGGAGGCAGCUCCCUGAAGCACUCGACAACCCUCACCAACCGGCAGCGGGGGAACGAGGUUUCGGCCCUGCCAGCCACCCUGGACUCCCUGUCCAUCCACCAGCUUGCGGCCCAAGGGGAGCUGAGCCAGCUGAAGGAACAUCUGAGGAAAGGUGACAACCUCAUCAACAAGCCGGACGAGCAUGGCUUCACCCCCCUCAUCUGGGCCUCUGCCUUCGGAGAAAUCGAGACUGUCCGCUUCUUGCUUGAGUGGGGUGCUGACCCCCACAUCCUGGCGAAGGAGCGGGAAAGUGCCCUGUCACUGGCCAGCAUGGGCGGCUACACAGACAUUGUGGGGCUGCUGCUCGAGCGUGACGUGGACAUCAACAUCUACGACUGGAAUGGAGGGACACCACUGCUGUAUGCUGUGCGUGGGAACCAUGUGAAGUGCGUAGAAGCCUUGUUGGCCGGAGGAGCUGAUCUCACCACGGAGGCUGACUCUGGCUAUACCCCAAUGGAUCUUGCCGUGGCCCUGGGAUAUCGGAAAGUGCAACAGGUGAUCGAGAACCACAUCCUCAAACUCUUCCAGAGCAACCUGGUGCCCGCAGAUCCUGAGUGAAGACUGCCUACUGGGGACUCAGAUACUCAGGGAACAAAACAAUUGACCUAGAACUAGCUUCAGAGGCAGCUCCUGGACAGACAGUGGGAGGGGAUCCUUCCCAGGAGGAACCAAUAAACCUUCUGUGUGCAUAA